AAAGGAUAUCAUUACAUUACUUCAAAGGUGUUUUAACUUACAGUCAGACAAGAUGAAAUUCCUCGUAUUCGGACUCGCUCUACUCGUCGCCGGAGCCUCGGCUUUUCCCGAAGCCCAGGUUUCUGAGCUCCAAGGGCGCAACAUUGUUGACAACAUAAAAAGGAUCAUUGACAUUUGGCGUCAGCUGGUCAUCGACAACCGUUUUGACCCAUACAUUCUGGCCCGCCGUGAACGCGAAGUAGUCCGCCUACCUUACCUUAAUCUUCAAUACUUGGUGGAAGAACUAGAGUUCACUGGUGCCAGCAACAUUGUAAUCCACAAAUUGGACUACUCUAACGUUUUCAACCGAUUCCGUUACGACUUAGAACUCCCAGAGCUCGCAUUCAGCCUCGGAAAAGCCAAAAUCAAUGGUUUGUUGUUAUCCCGAAACCUGAACUCCGAACUCGCUGGCUCCCUGAAGAUCUCUGGCAUCCGUCUUGCCGGUGAAGCUUACGUGACAAUUGACAUUCUUGCUGGUGGUGCCAUCAACAUUGACUCCCUCGAAGCUCGUUUUAACCUUGCAGGAGUUGAAGCUGAAAUUGAAGUAGCCAUCCAAGAAAACGACCAUAGUGAACGUGUUAACAUUUUCAUCAACGAUAGAAUCCCUGCCUGGAUCAAGGACAACGAGAGUGACAUCAACCGUGUCCUCGGAACUGUCAUCAGGACCAUUGCUCAGUUCUUCCUAAACCGUUGAUUGUUCUUGUCUGUACGAAAUAUAUGAUUGUGAUCCA